AUGGCCGAUAAUUUGCUACAAGGGCUUCAGGCGGCCGCAAAUGCGACAUCACAGGCAGGGGUGAGUUUCUUGCUAACCAUUUUUCUUCUGAACUGUUCGGUUGGCGUUCGAACAUCAUAUAGCAAUGCAAUCGUGUACAGAUUAUAUAUUGUCAUUAACAUUAUUCUUAUUAAUUUUUUUGGCCAAUAACGAUAGGCCCUGCAAUAUUUUGAACAGCUAAAGAAUUCCCCAGACGGCUGGAAGCUAUGUGGUGAUGCCCUAAUUCGAAAUCUUUACAGGUAAUUGAAACUUGAUAAUAAAGUUAAUUGUCUUACUGUGGUAUUAAGUCGUUAACGUUUUGGACCUCAUUGAGCAUUAUUUCAGAACUUGAUUAAAAAGAUGCAUUGUUUGAUAUAAUUUAUAUUGAGUUUAUGUUAUCAUUCAUAAUUCAUAUGCAACUAUAUAGUACAUUAUCUUUCAUUCAAAAUAUUUUCUCUAUUUCUGAUUGACCAAAUUUGGAUAGUCUGGAACCAGCUCCGCAGUCAGCGAAAAGGGGAAAAAACAGGGUCAAAAAGGAAAAAGCAGUGGCCUGGAGGGGGGAGGGGAGGAGAUGUAGCAGAGCCUAAAGACAUGCCUUUGAUGCUGCCAUUCUGUGAUGCCAUUCUGGUGGCAAAUGUCUUCAUAUUGACAGAUUCGCGGUACUGUGGACAGUAUCACACUCUUUCAAUAUCAUGCUCAUACAAUUCAAGAAAAGAUUUUAAAAGAUGAAUGAGGGUGGAUUGGCGGCAGCAACGCAUUUCUUCAGGCUCUACCUUUCUCCUCUCCAGACUUUCUCUUGGCCCGCUUUGCUUUGCUGUAGCAAAGACCCCACUAUACAGCCUGCAACCAACAAUUUUUUUGGUACCAUGGCACUUCGUUAUAGUGGGGUUCCAUCAAAAUCCUGCAAACAAGCUAGGGCUUGCGGGAAAUGAACAAUUAAGGCAAGCGGGAUUUCAAUUUGACUUGCUGAAUGCUCCCAAUCUUCUUGCGGCCCUGACACCUAAAAACAACAGCAAACAGACUGCUUAUCUUGCCGGCUACACAGGCUAAUGUAACUAGACAUGCAGGGCUCGAAUUUAAAAAAAUCCUCAGGUCUCCUUUUGGCAAACAACUGGAGAAAUAUAGUCGCCAGAUGCCAAUUUUUAGUCUCCAGUUUUUAUAAUGUAAAUCACGCAGCUCAGGGCUUGUGAUAUUUCGCAUGGUUGCGAAGCCGUGAAAUUGAGGUAAAUCUGCGAAAUUCACAAAAGCAAGCAAAACACUGCGAAAUUCGGUAGAAAUCUUAUGAGAUACAUGUCUGUACAACUUAUUUGAAAUUUAUCUCAGCAAAUUUAUCUUGAAACUUUGUCACUGAAACAUGCAAACGACGUCCCAAAACUACCAGGCAUAGAUUAUGUUGCGAAAAACUGGGCACUAGCCAUGACGUUAAAGGCUUUGCCAUUGGUUCAUUUCUGGAGCAUAUUGUUGUUGAAAGAGCAAAAUAAUGAUGACCUCUGUUUGAAAAACGUUAAAAAGGCUGGUCUGAUCAGCCAAUCGAUUUCUAGUGAAUUUUCCCUGAAAAUAACCACAAAAUCGGCCGUUUUUUCCAAUUGUUUUUAGGCGAAGUUUGCCCCGAAAACUGCUGCGAAAUUGGCCGAUUUUUCUGGGAAUUUGUCCCUAAAAAUCCCACAAAAUUUGACUUUUUUUCCGCGACCUAUCAGAAGCCCUGUAUAGAAUGGCACGAUCCAUCAGAUUUGAAAAUAUCAACGAUAGAAGUUGGCAUAAAUUUGGAGGUAAACUGGCUUUGUUUAUGCGAUUUGGCACAUUUUUUAUGAUGAAAGCAAAGUAAGAUAAUAUGAAAUGUUUGUUUUAACUUUAGUCUUUUAAUUUAAAUCUAAAGCAUAGAAAAAUCUGGUUGCCUCUUUCUGGUGAUUAAACCAAAACGUUUAGUCUCCAAGGAGAAAAUGUUAGUUGCAUUGGCGACCUUAUCACUCGCAAUUUCGAGCCCUGACAUGUCAUAAAGUUAUUAUAGUGGGGUUUCACUGUACCUGCAAAAAGGCAAGACAUCAACAUCCCACAAACAAGCCAGGGCUGGGGUGAAAACAAGAAUGAGGGCAAGUGGGAUUUCAAUUUGACUUGCGGAAUGCUCCUAAUCUUCUUGUGGCUUCGAUCAAAACGAAAAACAACAGCAAUAACCUGCUUGUCUUGCCAGCUACAAAGGCUAAUCAGCUAUGUAGCUAGACAUGCCAUAAAGUAUGUUGCAGUUAUUGAAAAAGUUAAUUAUUUGAAAAAACUUUGUUUGUUUUUACCUAUGUAUAUAAAUACCCAGUUAGCACAGUUUAGACUCUGGACAGUACACUCCUCUUAAGUAGACAGCUCUUCUUUCAGCUUAUAUCAGUUUUUUUCACGUACCUGCCAGUUACGCUUCAAAACACCACUUGAAUUUUAUGCUUGUGUCUGAAUUACGGCAUUGUCUGAGCAACUAUAUGAAACAGUUUUUUUUUUUGGUAUCCCGGUAUUUAUUCAUUACAGAAAUGCACCCAUUGAUUAUUGACGAUCAUAAAAAAUGACAUAGAGUUUCUAUCAAGAAAUCCCCUGUGUAUAUCCUUUUCCUGAUUAUUGUUCUUGCUAGGAAUACCACAAAAUAAUUUAAGAAUAAAACUCCACGCAACUAACAAUACUUCAGUCUAUCUGUCUAAAUUUAAUCAAAAUAAGCACAUGUCAUUUAAACCCUUUAAAAUUGAUUCCAACACUUAAAAUAAUGGUAACAUACCAGUUUGUAUUGUUUCUGCAUUAUUUCUGGAAAGUGUGAGAAUUGUCAAUCACUAUACAGUUCAUAAGAGACCGAAAAUGGCUUUAUGGGUACCCCACUAUUCACAUUGGGUUGUUCCAGAAAAAAUCCACACCCCCCCGACGGAUGGGAUUCUGGAAAUUCUCGCGGGAGGGGGGGUCGAAGACUCCGGAAAUCCAGGCGGGAGGGGGGGUUGACCUUAAAAAAGUCUUCUGCAGGGGUCAUUUCGACCAAUAGUUGAUACAAAUCAAACGUUUAGUUCGAUGACACUUAAGCGCUUUCAGACCCUGAAAAUAGUCAAAAUGUUUUGUUCAUAUAUUUCUCACCUGACAUAAAUGAGAAUCUAAGUUGCUUUACAGGUCCUUUUAUAGCAGAAAACGCGAACAAGAUACUAAAGAACGGGCCUGAAGGAACUCGUCGCAACGUUGUUGUCACGAAGAGCGUCAAACGCCUGACACAUUUCUACUCGUACCCAGAGCCCGCGCGCGAAGAGCGAAGAGUGAUUUUUAUAAGCUAAGAAAUUAUGUAAACACUCGUUCAGGUGUCGUUCGCAUUUUUGUUCUUUGCUCCUUUCGUUUUUAGUUCCACGCGAUAGAAUUCUUAGUUUAAUAUAAGCUGAAGCUUUAGAAAUUAAAACAAAAACAUUUAGAUGUGUUUGCGUGUAUUUUCCAUUAAAAAUAAAUUAAAUUUAAGCGUUUUAUUUUUUCCCGGAAAUCCAGGCGGGAGGGGGGGGUCUUCCACCUUGGAAAUCCAGUUGGGAGGGGGGGUCUUGUGCUUCAGGAAAUCCAGGUGAGAGGGGGGGUUAAAAAAGGACCCCAUCCGUUGGGGGGGUGUGGAUUUUUUCUGGAAUAACCCAUUUCACAUUUAUCAAUGGAUGCCAAACUGCAAUGUUGUAGCUGAGUAAGCUCCCAUCAGCUGCAAAUGAUAUGACCCAUUCACCUCUAGUGGCUGCAGACGAGAACCAUUCUUGUAAGUGAUUAGCUUCAGUUAUGGACACAUUUCUCUCAUCUCAAGGGUGCCACUCACAUGAGCAUCUAUUCUAGUACAUGUACGUAGCUCCAGUAUCACAUCAACUGGCUUGUGUAUGGGUGUGAUAUGAGAACAUUUCAUCUGCCUUUAGCCUCCCAAGCAGACAUUCUUAUUGGUUUCUUUUUUUGUUGUUGUUUUAGUGAUGAAAGUGUCAAGUUCUUUUGCUUUCAAGUAUUAGAGCAUCAUAUAAAAACAAGGUAAAAUUAAACAUUGAUAAUUUCUCAUUAUAAUGAUUAAUAAUAAAUUUUACAUAAUUAUUAUAAUGUGGCAUCCAUUUUAAAAUUAAUCUUCCUUCCAUGGAAAAAUCAAAAGGUUUUAUUCUGUUGGUUGAUCUGCCAUUUUAAAGUUUUGUCUGCCAAAUUAUUCUGAAUAACUCUUAUUAAAAGAUGUUAUCUGAAAAUUUAAUUUUUAAAUAUUUACUCACUUGGCUCACUUGGUAUGAUAUUAUGUAGGCUAUUAUGAUGAAAAACAUUCAACUAGAGACAACUGGGUUUAAUUGUUUUCUUACCAGGAAUAACUUACAAACAUUUGAUCUUUAGCUGUAUUCAGUGUAAACAUGCUUCAGUCUCCUGUACUGUACAAGACAUCUUGGAUGAUCUUGUCUAAGUGUGUGAUCCUGCCCAAAAAAUGGCUAUUUUUUUUUAUUUUUUAUUUUGUGCACAGACAUGUGUCAUCAAAUCUUGUAGAUCAACAAGCACUCAGAGAGAUUCUUUUGACCUGGCUACGAAAUCAGGUACACUAGGCUAAUUUACUCUACAGUAGAAUCCCAAGGAACAUUUUCUCUUUUUUUGCCCCUCACCCUAGAUUGCAAUGUCUGUCUUUAGGUGAAAAAGGAUGUCUUGCUAAUACCUUUGACAUAUUAUUAUGGGCUAGACUCUCUGUCUGUCUUUCAUCAAAAUUGAAACAACUUGUUUUAUGUCAAAAGGUAGAGCAAAAUUGUCAAACUUUGUUUUUUAUAGUUGUGCAAAGAUACCUAAAAGUGGACAUAAGUGCAUUGGUUUGCAAAGCCAUGACAGUCUUACUAGCACCUUUGUUCUUUGAAUUCUUAUACCUACACUGUAGUGGUAAUUGUAACAUUUUCACUGUGAUUUUUCAUUGACCCUUGAUGUAACUUUUCAGUGUUGUACCGAGUCAGAUAACAAGAAUUUCUUGAAGAACAAGGCAGCACAAGUCUUUAGCUUGAUCUUUGUCUGUGAUUAUCCUGAGAAGGUUAGCUGAUUUAUUGUUAUUUUAAGUGUAAUGAGCGCGAAUACUGAUACCCGAAAUUGUAACUUGCGCUCAGAUUUCAUUCAGUGUGAGAGAACUUCAUUUAAUUUCCUGCCUCUUUCACAAGCUCAGCCAGCAAGAAAAACAUUUUUUUUGCAUUUAAGGCUAUUGAUAAUCAGGUAACAACUGCGACUCUUGAUGAAAGUGGGUGUCCAUGAUGACCAGGGUCUUGCACUUUUGUCACAGUCAGCCCUUAUACAGUGUUAUGCCCUCAUGGCUGGUAAACUCGCGCCUUCCAGCCAUGAGCCCCUACACCAAUGGAACCAGGCACCUGUGGGAAGGGUUGGGGGAAAGGCACAAUCCAAAGGCUGAACAAAGCGAGUAAUCACCUUGAAAGCAUUGCACUAAGCACAUGGAGCUGAUGUUAGCAAAGGUGACUACGCUUGGGCCACCACACUGACUGCUGAGCAACAACACACAAUGGCCCUCCUAGUUAUUAACUGCGUUAAAUGUUGUUUCACUUCAUGUUACAUUUCUCUUCUCCCUGUAGUGGCCGCUGUUUUUCUCAGACCUCCUCCAGUGCUUGCAAUAUGGAGCAUUAGCAGUGGAUAUGUAUCUUAGGAUUUUGAAGGCAAUUGAUGAGGAAGUGGUUGAUAGAGAUGUGAUAAGGAGUCAACAGGUUAAUUUUGUGAAUUGUUUUAAAAACUGUAAUGCUACAAUUUCCAUUGGUGAAAAUAUAUCUCCAACAGAGAGGGGUACAAUCAAACAGAAAUUGAUAACCUAUUCAAUCUAUAUAAUAUUGUACUACCUGACAUCUCAUACAAGCAGCUUACAGCCACUGAAGCUGAACCCAUUUUAGUGGGUGUCUGUAAAGCGCGUUUGGACUGUACCUAAAAUUUUUAUUUGCCUAAUAUAAAAGCUUGUUAAAGUUUGUCAUUCAAGUUGUUUUUGUUGUGACAAAGUCCACCAUGCCACCCACAUGAAGUUGUCGGUGCUAAUAUGAUUCGAAACAUGCUGUGUAAAGGGCUACGCUGUAGAUGUGUGAAAUUGCUCCUUAUGAAAAUCAAAAUCCUUUGGAGUUUAAACACUGCUUCUAGAAUCUUGCUUGUCACGUCUUGAAACUUGUGUAAAGACUCAACGAUUUGAUUUAAGUCUGCCAACUUUUGUGGAGUUUCCGUUAUUUGUACUUGUACAAGUAUGUAAAACCAUUUGCUGAUCAAUCAGUUUAGAAGCUGAAUAAAAUUUUUUCUCCAUGAACAGGAAGCAGAGAGGAACACAAAAAUUAAAGAUCACAUCAGGGAUACGUGUGUCACAGAGCUCGUUGACUCUUGGUUUCAGAUUCUGGUAGGUGGGAAUCUUGUAUUUUGGUACAACAAUGAGGUUGAGGUUUCGCUGACUGUUUUUUUAUUAUGUUUUGUAUGCAGAAAACAUAUGAAAAUAGUGUGUCAUCAAUAACAUGCCUUUGCCUGGACAUUAUUGGAGCAUAUAUUGAAUGGAUUGAUAUUGGCCUGAUUGCAAAUGACAGGUUUAUCAGGUAAUGUUCAUUGUAAAAGGGGCAGAGUAAAGUUAAUGCCGACUGUGGACUGACUGUAGACUACGCAGAAUAAUAUUUUUAGGGUUAGAAAACAAUGGGACUUUUGGUGAAAGAAUGAAAGAUGGUAAAAUUUGAAUGUACACCCUGUGGUAUAAUUUAUGGCCUCCCUCUCCAUGAGUUCUGCGUAGGUCAAGUGGAUAGAGCAUCCUCCCGGUGUAUCUAAGUAAGAGAUUAUUGAUUUGCUAGCACAAUUUCAAACUGUGUUCUUAAGCAAGACAAUACUUCAGAGAGACUGAGAGUUGUAUUGUCAGGAAACAGAAAAUGUCAGAUUCAAGUUUAGAAUUUCUCAAAAUUGAAAACGUGCAGCUAAAAACAAGACAUAACUAAUGUGAAGCCACUAAGUUUGUGGUAGAAUUAGUAAACAGUAAAUUGCGCAACAAAGUUAAGGGAAAACUUGGUCACAUGGUAUGAAUUUCACGUUUGCUGUAAACAUAACUCUAAAUCUUUCUACAAUCCUGGACAAAUAUGCUUGGGACAGUACUGCAAUAUUCAUGUUUUUCUGUCAUUUCUCGGUUCCCUCUUAAAACAGUGCCAUCCUUUUCAAAAUCUUCUUGCAGUUCUCCCCCCACCCCACCCUAUACAAAGUAGAAAGUCGGUAAAAAUUCAGGAUAGUCGAUACAUACGUCCAACAUGGGUGAGGGAGGGUUGGGCCUGUGUGAAUUGGAAAACGUCCCUGAGAAAUGCAGAAGUGUUCCAAGACUUUUGGUAGAAUAUCAGAAACUUUGCUCACCAAUUAUGGAAAGGUACUAAACUCUGUAAUUUAUCUACAUUACAUUUUUAUUAAAACUAUUUUUUUGGUAUUAAUGGCCUCGUUUAAUAAAACACUUUAAAAAAGUCAAACUUCUGUAGAGCUGAUACCCCCAACCGAAACAAUCUAGAAAGAGCUCAAAAAGAGAUGCAGUUUUUUUAGUUUGUUGUUAUAAUUCAGCACUGAAUACGAGAAAGGUCGUAACAGGUUUUUUUCGUGUUCCAGUUACUCUUAUAAUUAUGCCAAGCAUGACCAAUACUUGUUUAAGUGAAAGCGUAGGCUAGAAAGAUUUUCCUGGUGAUCGCUUUGCAAAUGUGUAGCAAAUUAGAAUGCUGAGUUUACAGUAGUGCGAGGGCCGGCAUAACUUAUCUUAGAGAAGCCCCUAACAUUCUUUUCUGUGGUGUUCCGCUUUUUAAGAGCAUUAUCGAGGAGCACCUUCUGUUGAAUCGAGUGGCUGAUGCCUGUAUCAACUUGUUUGCUAUGACGGCUUUGAUUUCCAGAGCAGCGCGAUCCAUAAACCAAGUGCCAGCCAUGAGGUGA